AUGAUUUUAAUAUGAUUCAGGCUAUCUCACUUAUUCAGGCCCUUAUGUCAGCUGGUCUAGUGCUAUCUCACUUAUUCAAUAUGAUUUUAAUCAAUUGUAAACUAACACUCAUGGUAAAAGUGACUCUUAUUAAGAUAAAAUGUGAAGGCGAUCUUUGUCUGAAAAAGACUCAUUGAUUGAAAAAACACCUCUUUUGAUUAAAAAAGUGACCAUUUUGGAUUAAGAGUAAAAUGGUCUUAUGGUGAAUUUAUUUAUACUUGAUGCAUGCAUGAUUUGGUGUAAGUAGCCCAUGAGAAACUUUUCAUCUUUCUCACAACAUCUACCAAGUGCUGACAAUUUAAAAUAAAAAAAAUCUAAGAUGGUUAUUUAAAUAAAGGAUUUUUUAAACUGAAUAAUACAAAUUUUGGCCGGUUCUCUCGCAAUAAUACAAACGUUAAAUUAUUUUUUAAUAAUACAAACUUUAGGGCAAAAUUCCUACAAUGGGUCAUGACCGGUUAUGAACUUAUUGUUGUAGGUAACCUGCUGAUGUGACACUUACCGUUGGGGGACUUUUAUAACAAUCAAUUUAGGCUCUUUUUUUCGUUAUUUCCCCAGUCAUAACUUCUUCCUCCAUUUUUUUUUCUUCUUCCUCCCUCAAAUUAUUUUCAUGAUUCCAUAAAUUUCGUCCUCAAUAACAAAAUCCCAAUUGCAAUCGGAGAAUCUGAAGCGUAAAUGGCUGCAAGGAAACAAACCUCUGUAGGUUGCUCCUCUGAUUCUAGGGGAAAUUCUCAAGGUUCCGCGAAAUGUUCUUGUGGAAGAGAACUUGUUCUUCGUACUGUGAAGCGUGGCGCAAAUGUUGGACAGAAGUUUUAUGGCUGCCCUUUAUGGCCUGAUACUAAGUGUGAUUUUUUUAAGUGGUAUAAUGAGCAAGGGAGUGAAGUUGAUGAUCUUAAAUUUCAGUUAUUUGAGAAGGAGACUACCUUAACUGAGAUGGAGUAUGAGAAGAGUUUAAUGGCCGAAAAAAUAAAAAAUUGCAGUUUAAAAAGGACAACUUGGAAGAAGAUGUGCAAGAAAUGAAAUUUGAGCUUUCACAACUGCGUAUUGAGGUGCUGAAAAUGUCACGCAAUGAGAAGAACUUGACCUUGGCUUUGUUUGUUUCAUGGCUUGUUUUUGCCAUUUUCUUGUAUUCCAUUAAGUUACUCUAAGGUUGUUAGUAUAAGGUUGCUAUUGGUGGCUGUAAGAAAUCUGAUCCUUUGUCUUUAUAAUAAAAAAAUUGUUGGAACCAAAAAAGUUGUUGUCAUGUUAUUUUGCAUUUGGUGAAUAGAGGAGAAUGUUUGGUAUUUUGCAAUGGAAAUAAGUUGAGUCAAAUGCUCAUCCAUACAUCCAAUUUCACAUACACCAACUGUUCAAAAUAAUCCUAAGGAGAGUCAAAUGCUC